CGUUUUAAUAUCCAUCUAUCGGCGAGCGAAAGAGACAAAGGCAAAAUUUUGGCGACAGGACGGGAACUGGCGGGCGGGUUGUCACUUUCGGUUCAUCGUCAUACAGGGUAUCAUGAUAUGUUGGAAUUCUUCACCCUCAUCUUGUUUCUGUUUAUUUCAGCCGUGGCGCGAUUUGAGCACGCGGACUCCGGAUCAAUGGCGAACAACGCAGCGGUAUCGGCGGCAUCUCCACGGCCCAACGAGGCGCGCGAAGAAAAGGGGAGAAGUGUGCAGCGGACAUGGGCCCGAACUCAACUCUCUGUCGAUCGCUCACCCCACACCAGAUCACGAAACGCGCCUGCUCCUACUUGGACCGGAGACGGGUUGAUGGUUGGCCCGGCCCAACCACGUUCUGCAUUUAUUUCGGUUGUCAGUUAUGUGCGAAAGAGGAAGAUCUCCAAGUGGUCACAGAGGACCUGGUGAUACCCUCACCCUCGGCGUUAAAAGGAUAUCGGGCUGAUUGCCUUGGUUGCUGGCUGGUUUUGUAUCAUUUCAAUUUUUUGUUGCGCGCUCAUCAUGUCAUUUUCACAUUUCUUUUGAUUCCAUCAAGGUUUCUAGAGAUGACGAACGAGAAGAGGUUGUUUACCAUCGGUGGUAUGCCUCGCACAAAAACUCGACCCAUAUGUCCAGAGGGUUUUGGAAGAACCGGACAAAAGGCGAUCUGUACUAGUAGUUUUUCACACUGGAUGAUUAUACCCAUCACACUAUGAGGUGCCACUGCGCAUUUUCUAGUUUGCAUCGAUUGGGUGAAUUGCCUUCAUGUUUUGUGCUCUGUUACUGCUACUGCUACUACCACACCUAAUGGGUUGGGGGUGGGCAUUGAGGCAGACAG